AUGGCUCUAUUUGGGUGCAAUGUCUCGCCCGGAUGUCAGGGGCUUAGGGUGAUUGGCGAGCUAGAGCACCUUGGUAGUGAUGUAAUUAAGGACGCAGAGUCGGCGUUAAAAGAGGCCACAACCGAUGUUACACACCCUAUGCUACCAACCAUUGAAUCAUCAGGGUCGGGUUCAUCUUUCUCGGGCUCAGGUCCCACACAAAGUCCAACUAAAUCCACGCCCGAUAGGCUGUCUACUACUGAAUCCAGUCCUGUCGAUAAUCUCAAGUCUAAUCCUGUAUCUAAUCCGGACGCCCAACAAUCGGUGCUAGGUGAUUUAUGGAAUCUAGGUGGCGGUUUGCUCAGGGGAGUGGGACAGUUGGCUAACACUACCGUACAGGGUGUGGGUUCAACGGUCAACACCACUAUAACGGAUAUUACCCAACCUUACAGUUCACCCAAGACAUGGAUCGAGAAGUUAUAUGUUUGGGAGCAACAGUCUGUGCUAGCUCAAAUACCAUUCACGCAUCAAUUGUGCAUGAAAGUAUUAGAUUUUAUUCAAUCCGCUGAUCAA